AUGGCCAAGGUGUACUACGGCGACGAAAUGUGCCGGAGGAAGUUGGCGUUGCUGCUGGCGGAGAUGGGCUUGCCGGACUGGCUGCUGCCGUUCGACGACAUCAACCAAUUCGGCUACGAGAACGAUACCGGCUUCGUGUGGCUGAAGCGGAAGCCGAGGAGAGAGCAGGGGCUGGAGGAGAUUGAAGGGAAGAUUGUGUUUUACGAAGCUGAAAUCACGUGCUACCUGGAGCCGAAGAGGAUCAGGAAGCUCACGGGCGUCAAGGCUAAGCAGCUUUUCAUUUGGAUCAGCUUGAGCGAGAUUCACGUCGACAAGCCGUCCGCCGGCGACAUCACCUUCAAGACCACAUCCGGCCUCUCCAAGUCCUUCGCCUUGUCGGAGUUUGCAGCUUAG